AGGCGGUAGCGGUGGCCGGCGGCGGCAGCUGUGAGAAGGUUCCGGGAAGAUGGUGCUGAUUAAGGAAUUCCGUGUGGUUUUGCCAUGUUCUGUUCAGGAGUAUCAGGUUGGGCAGCUUUACUCUGUUGCCGAAGCUAGUAAGAAUGAAACUGGUGGUGGAGAAGGAAUCGAAGUCUUGAAGAACGAGCCUUAUGAAAAAGAUGGAGAAAAGGGCCAAUAUACACACAAAAUUUAUCACUUGAAGAGUAAAGUUCCAGCAUUUGUGCGGAUGAUUGCUCCGGAGGGCUCCCUGGUGUUUCACGAGAAAGCCUGGAAUGCAUACCCCUACUGUAGAACAAUUGUAACGAAUGAAUAUAUGAAAGACGAUUUCUUCAUUAAAAUUGAAACUUGGCACAAACCGGACUUGGGAACAUUAGAAAACGUACAUGGUUUAGAUCCUAACACGUGGAAAACAGUUGAAAUUGUCCACAUAGAUAUUGCAGAUCGAAGUCAAGUUGAACCGGCAGACUAUAAAGCUGAUGAAGACCCGGCGUUAUUCCAGUCAGUCAAAACCAAGAGAGGCCCCUUGGGACCCAACUGGAAGAAGGAGCUGGCCAACAACCCCGACGGUCCCCAGAUGUGUGCCUAUAAGCUGGUGACCAUCAAAUUCAAGUGGUGGGGGCUGCAGAGCAAAGUGGAAAACUUCAUUCAGAAGCAAGAAAAAAGGAUAUUUACAAAUUUUCACCGCCAGCUUUUUUGUUGGAUCGACAAGUGGAUUGAUCUGACAAUGGAAGACAUUAGGAGAAUGGAAGAUGAAACACAGAAGGAACUAGAAACAAUACGUAAGAAGGGUUCCGUCCGAGGCACGUCGGCUGCUGAUGUCUAGAUGAGUCCCCUGUAGGGUCAAAGACAAUAUCAAGCUGUUUACGUAAUCAAGGUCAAGUGAGGGGAACCAGUGCAGCCAGUGACGAGUGAAGAAGAAUCUGACCAAUAUCUUGCAGUGUUGCCGUUUCCCCGACGUGUGCUUGUGGCCAUGUACACACCUGCACAGUGGUCAGCCACCGGUGUAUAUAUGUACAUGUCUGUCUGUAGCUGUAUAUAAAAUGCAUGUAGAGCUACAGAGAAAGGGGCACACACACUGUGUAUAUAGCUGUACAUACAAACACGCUGAAGGGAUUAGGACACUCUCCAAAGUACUGUACCUAUCUUCCGCAAGAAUGCAAA